AUGGCGGGCGAGCGGCGGCGGCGCGGCGGGGAUGGACCCCGGGAACGGCCCCGGGAGCGGCUCCGCGACCGGGACCCGAAACUGCGGCAACAGCAAAAGCCGCAGCGAGGCUCCGGGCGGGGCCGGACGGCGCUGGCGCUCACAGCGGCGGCGGCAGCGCUGGCGCUGUGUCUGGCGGCGGCGGCUGCCGGGUGGAAGCGGUGGAGCGAAGCCUCCCGCCUCGUCACCCCCCACCCCGCGCCCCCGCCUCCCCCCGGUUCCACCGGGCCUCUCGCGUCGCCCACCUAUUUCUGGGGCACGUACCGGCCUCACGUCUACUUCGGGAUGAAGACGCGGAGCCCGCGUGCUGUCGUGACCGGACUGAUGUGGCUCCAACACGGCGGCAACUUGCGGCACACGAGCGAGCAGAACGACGGCGUGUCGCGAUAUGGGUGGCUGAUGCACGACGGGGAGAAUUUCGGCGUGCAGGAGAUCCGCGAUGAGGGGCUCCUGCUGAGAACCGAGUUCGUGAAGCAGCCGGGGGGAGACCAUGGUGGCGACUGGAGCUGGCGGGUCACAGCGAAGAUGGAGGGCAAGGGCCCGGCCCCUCUCCUGUCCCUCUUCUUCUACGUGGCCACAGACGGGCAGGGGACGCUGCGGCCGGUGCUGGAGAACGGAACACGGCUGGCGGCCGUGGCAGGGACGGCAGAGGAGCUCGGGGACUUCACCCUCACCUUCCUGCCGCCCACCGGUGAGGGCGGGGAGGGGCCCAAGUACGCCAGCUACAACUUCCUGGCCGCGGGGGUGCCGGGGCUGCACCGCCUCACCGACCUGGUCCGGCACAGCCUCCGCGAGAGCUCCGUGUUCUCCCCACCGGGCCGGCCCCGCCGCCGCUUUUUCGGGGUGUCCAGCACCGGGGGACUGCCUGGGGAGCCCCCGCGGGGGCAGCUGCUGCUGCACCAGGUGACGCUGGAGCCGCCGGCAGUGCUGGAGGUGACGCUGGAGUCGGGCAGCGCGGCGGGGGCACGGCACGGGCGGCUGGCGGGGCCGGCACUGAGCGCGGCGCUGACCCGGCACACGGCCGCCUUCGAGCGACGCUUCGAGGACACUUUCGGGCUGGGGACACGCGGGGUGUCCCUCCCGCAGCGCCGCUUCGCCCAGGCCGCGCUCAGCGAGAUGCUGGGCGGGAUCGGCUUCUUCCACGGCCGCUCCCUGCUGCGCUCGGAGCGCCGCGAGGAGCCGCUGCCCGGCAUGGAGUCCGUGCUGUUCACGGCCGUGCCCUCGCGCUCCUGCUUCCCGCGGGGCUUCCUGUGGGACGAGGGCUUCCACCUGCUGCUGCUGGCCCGCUGGGACCCAGCGCUGGCCCGCGACAUCCUGGCCCACUGGCUCGACCUGCUCAACGCCGACGGCUGGAUCCCGCGGGAGCAGAUCCUGGGUGAGGAGGCGCGCUCCCGGGUGCCCCCCGAGUUCGUGCUGCAGCACAGCGAGACGGCGAACCCCCCGACGCUGCUGCUGGCGCUGGAGCGGCUGCUGCCCGACGCGCCCCUGCCCUACCUGCGCCGCCUCUUCCCGCGCCUCCGCUCCUGGUUCGAGUGGCUGAACCGCACCCAGGCCGGCCCUGAACCCUUCACAUUCCGCUGGCGCGGCCGCGACCCCGACCCCGAGCGCUUCCUGAACCCCAAGACUCUUUCGUCGGGGCUGGACGAUUACCCCCGCGCCUCGCACCCGUCCGCCCAGGAGCGGCACUUGGACCUGCGCUGCUGGAUGGCGCUGGGCGCCCGCGUGCUGGCGGCGCUGGCCGAGCGCCUGGGCGAGCCCCACGCGCCCUAUCGCGACAUGGCCGCCACCCUCAGCGACAACGCCCUGCUGGACCGGCUGCACUGGGCAUCCGAGCUGGGCACCUUCGCCGACUUCGGCAACCACAGCUCGGCCGUGGCUCUGCGCUGGCACCGCCCGGCCCCGGUGCCCGGCCAGCCCCGGCGGCCCCGCAGCUGCGGGGAGGUGCGGGAGGCGCCACGGCUGCAAUUCGUGGCCGCUUUGGGCUACGUCAGCCUGUUCCCGCUGCUGCUGCAGCUGCUGCAGGCGGACUCCCCGCGGCUGCCGGCGCUGCUGGGCUCCAUGAGCAGCGAGCAGCAGCUGUGGACGCCCUUCGGGCUGCGCUCGCUGGCCCGCGACAGCCCCUUGUACCUGCGGCGCAACACCGAGCACGACCCCCCUUACUGGCGCGGCUCCGUCUGGGUCAACAUCAACUUCCUGGCGCUGCGGGCGCUGCACGGGUACGCGCGGGCGGCAGGGCCGCACCGGGAGCGAGCGGCAAAGCUCUACCGGGAGCUGCGCCAAAACCUCGUGGCCAACGUGUUCCGGCAGUACGAGGCCACCGGAUUCCUGUGGGAGCACUACCGGGACAGCGAUGGCACCGGGCAGGGUUGUCACCCUUUCGCCGGCUGGUCGGCGCUCGUGGUGCUGGCCAUGGCUGAGGACUAUUGAUGUGGGGGGGUCCCUGUGCCCCCUGCCUGCCUGGCGUGCUCAGGGUCAGGGGAGGUGUUGGGGGGCAGUGCCAGAGCCCCCCUGCCUCCCCUGCAAUAAACCUCCAUGACUGUGGCCUCAUGUCAGGGUGUCACAGUGUCACCUUUGCUGACCCCUGUGCCAUGGGGGGGAUGUUUUGCCCCUUCCUCUGGAGUCAGGGGUCACCACCCAGCCCAGUGCACCCACCACAAGGUCGAUGGUACUUCACAUCUCUUUAAUGGUGAGAGAACGCGCCGGGACCUCCCACCCACCCCCAUGGCCUCGGGCACCCCCCGGGCGAUGGGGCCCCCCUGGGCAGCAGCACUGGGAUCACAGGGGAGGCCCCAGGAGCAGUUUGGAGGGAAGGGGGCUCCAGCAGGACCCCACCACACUGCAAGGUGGGUGUCAGUCGGGGCGAGGGGCCCCCCGGGGCUCCGUGAUGAGUCCAGACCCCAGUCGGGGGUCCUGUGGGGGGGCUCAGACGGGCAGCACGGGUGAGCCGGGCCCCCCACCACCCCCUGCUCCCCCACAGCCCUCAGGCUCACCCUCCUCCUCCUCCACACCCCGGCCCACCUCAAUGCCCGAAUCCCCCGUGAGCCUUCGGUGCCGCCCGGGGCAUCCCCCUGGCACAGCUCUGCCCGCCCCACCCUCACCCCCCUCGGUGUUGGAGCAGGGGUGGCCCUCAGCCUCACACAAGUCCGGGGGCACUUGUUUGGGGGCGCCCCCGCGGGCCGGCGGCUCCUCGGGCAGGGGCAGGUCCCAGCUGGCACCGGUGCCGGUGCUGCUGGAGCCGUAAUCACGGCCGGUACUGCCACCCCCCGUGCCCGGGCCCGGCUCCGGGUCUGUCUCAUCGGUGCCCGGCGCCGAGAGAGAGGAGCUGCUGGGGGAGGAGGCGCAGGAGCAGCCGCAGGAGCAGGAGCUGCAGCCCCCGGAGGAGCCCGGCGACAGCGAGGGGCUCCCGGGGCUGUAGGGCGGCGGCGGCGUCCCGGGGCGCUGCGCCACCUCCUCGUACGCCGGGAGCUUGAA